CACACUUAAAAACACACAUUAAAAAACACACACAAACACACCAUCUUCAUCAUCAAUGGCGGGUCUUUAUUCCCAUCUAAAACCCACUUCAAAUCCAUCUUCAUCUUCUUCACAAUUUUCACAUUUUUUCUCUUCAAAAAUACUACUUUUACUCACCAUUCUUCCUCUAUCUUUAGCAAUCUUUGCUUUUGUUCUUCAAUGGCGUGGCGAAAUCGAUGACCCAACAACCCGAUGGAGCCCCAAAGAUCGACUUGAGUUUCCGGGUAUGGAUACUUCAUCAUCAUCGACCCGAGAUCAUGGGACCCACUCGAAUUGUGCGGAUCUUUUGGGUCAAAGCAAGUCAAUUUCUUUUCCUUAUUUUAGAGAUUGGAAUUUUGAUUUCAAAUCAAAUCUUAAACCAAAGAUAUGCAUUACUGCAAGCACUUCUGCUGGUUUAGAGCAAAUAUUGCCGUGGCUUUUUUAUCAUAAAGUUAUUGGUGUUUCUACUUUCUUCCUUUUUGUGGAAGGAAAAGCCGCUACCCCAGGUGUAACUAAAGUCUUGGAGUCUAUCUCUGAAGUGAAGGUGAUUUAUAGGACAAGAGAACUUGAAGAACAACAAGCCAGGAGUCGAAUAUGGAAUGAGACAUGGCUGUCAAGUUUCUUCUACAAACCGUGCAACUACGAACUGUUUGUAAAGCAAUCCCUCAAUAUGGAAAUGGCUAUUGUCAUGGCAAGGGAAGCUAACAUGGACUGGAUUCUUCAUUUAGACACUGAUGAGUUGAUUCAUCCAGCAGGAACACGUGAAUAUUCUCUUCGAAAGCUUUUGUCUGAUGUCCCGGAAGAUGUUGAUAUGGUUGUGUUUCCAAAUUAUGAAAGCAGUGUUGAACGAGAUGACAUAAAGGAUCCUUUCAAUGAGGUUUCAAUGUUCAAAAAGAACUACGAUCACCUUUUGAAGGACACGUACUUUGGCAAUUACAAAGAUUCAACUCGAGGGAAUCCUAAUUACUUUUUGACAUACGGAAAUGGGAAGUCUGCUGCUCGUGUCCAACAUCAUUUACGUCCUAAUGGUGCACACAGAUGGCAUAACUAUAUGAAGACUCCCAAUGAAAUCAAAUUGGACGAGGCUGCUGUUCUGCAUUAUACCUACACCAAAUUUUCAGAUUUGACAUCUAGGCGUGACCGAUGUGGCUGCAAGCCUACAAAAGAAGAUGUCAAACGAUGUUUUAUGUUAGAGUUCGACAGAACUGCUUUUAUAAUCGCAUCAACUGCAACAGAGGAAGAGAUGCUAAGCUGGUAUCGUGAACAUGUUGUGUGGACUGAUAAAACUCUAAAUUUGAAAUUAUUGAGGAAAGGAAUAUUGACUCGCAUAUAUGCCCCUAUGGUGAUUAUGCAAGGAUUAAGAGAAUCUGGCACAUUCAGUUCUGUAAUUGCGUCUGCCCAGAGAACUUCAUUAGGGGCCGAGCUGUUGUCAUCUGUUAAGAAUAGUAAUAUUUCCUCUAAAGCCAUUGGAGGGUCAGAUAAGAUCCUUUCAAAGAAGAAUGACGAGUCAAAAGAAUCUGAAUUGAUUGGUAGGAAGGUUCUAGAAGUAUCGGAGAUAGUUUUAUCCGCAGUUCCUCCACUCUCACCUCCAAGUCCUACCAUUGACGAUAUAUGAAUGAAUGGUAGGGUGGGGUUUUCUCUUGUGUGAAUGUUCCCGAUCUUUGACCAAGCGUGAUGUAUAGUUUAGGCAUAGGUUAGACCUAGAGCUAGAGUAGGCAUCUUAUUUUACGGCUGUCAUGCUGUUCAUUUCUUAUUGUUUUCUGAUGUAUACAAAUUAUGAUCUCGUCGUGUCUGCUGUGAUUCAUGGCCGAAACCUGCUAUCUUUUUUGAUGAGUAUAUGUGAUCUAUUUAACUUUCUUUGCUUUUCUGGAAA